AUGCUUAUUUCUUCUCCUUUUAACCUGAAAGCAAUAAACAAAGAAAUUUGGUGCCAUUUCUGGGCCAUUGAGCCAGAACAGGUUGGUUUGAUCCAGUUUGGAGGGGUUGUGAGGGGGGUUGAUUACAAUUAUCAGACCACACCCAAUGAUAUGACCUCUCCACUAGUUCACAGGUCUGUAGAACCUGUUAGGACACUGGGUGAUGCCCAAGGCCACAUCAAUGAUGUGAGUGACAUGCCAAGUAGAGCUGUCAUACAGCCAGUCUGUGAACUUGGGAGCAUGCUGCAAGGCUGUGCCCCAGACCCCCCAGCAGUGACUGGAGUGGAUAGUGUAGCACAUGCAGAUAGCAAUGAAUUUGUUAAGCCACAAUUGCCUGCUUGUAGCAAUGUUUUGCUAGUCCUGACUUCUGUCUUGUUAGACCAGAAUAGAUGGCCUGCCUGGAUGCACAAUGAACCCAAAGUGAAAACUAAGAAUGAAAAUAAACAUAGCCCUAAGGUGUUGUGGUCAGAUCUCAUCAAGAACAACAAAGAAUUAAGGAAAGUCAUACCACAGUGGUUUGGGAAUCCAGCAGUCACAGAUGAGAAUGACCAGCCUGGAAUUAUGAACCAUGGUCAAUCCAUUUCAGACACAAGUGUACUGAGACUUACUGCAGAAGUAAAGGAGAAGUGGAAAGUGCCCACUCCUUGCAAGUCUGUGAUAGAACACCCUGUAGAAGUCCACACCUUGGAUUCUGUCUUGGAACAAGAGGAACAAAUGAAAACACCCAAGUACAUGAUCAAAAAACUAAAGGAAGCCAGCCUGGUUGAGUGGCUUGACAGUGCCAAGGCAUUGAUCCAUGAACAACAAGCAAUUAUUGACUCAUUCAAUUGUCAUAAUAAGUAUGAGUCUAUGAACCUGGGACAAUCAGGACUCAGUGCUGAACAGAAAGAAAGUAUGGCCCAAGUAGGCAACAGCCUUGGAAGGGUUGAAAUAAGUAAUACCCAUGCAAUAAGGAACUAUACAACUCUGAGCAUUAAACCCAUGAAACAAUCAGGAUCACCAGCAGCUGUAAAUGCCAAAAAGACUCACUGA